GCAGAGAUUGAGAAAAUGUCUUAAGAAGAAACAGUAAGUGUAGUAGGGAGUGAGGUGAUGCCCCUGGAGUAUGGUAGCAUGGACUCGGAGAGUAGUCUGUCUCCAUCGAGCUCGGAGAGGACGGUGGAAGGGGUAGGAGGAGGUGAGGGAGUGAGAGGAGGGGAGAUAGUUGGUAGCAGAGGAGAUGGUGUACCCAUCACUGUGGUAGAAAUGGAGGGUAGGAGAGAGAGGGGUUAUGAUAUAGAUGCAGACAUAGUGGAAGAGGUGAAGCAGUAUAGGUCUGAACUCGGGGCCAAGGAUAGCCUGGGUCAUUUAGUGGAGAGUUAUGAAAUCUUUUCCCGAGUGUUAGUUAGGCCGACUGGGGUAGAGGAGAGGGCGUGCUCUGCUCCUCGGGAUCAUUGGAUGCCUGUAUAUGCCCACUAUUUGUUAGCCGGGCUUAGGUUUUCAAUUCCUAAGUUGCUAGUAGAUGAUACGGAGUGGGAGAGGGGGGAUACCAAGGUGGAGGAGUUAGCAUCUUGGAAGGCUAAAAGAGCCAACCAGAAUAAGUUUAGCUUAAAUGAGGAUGAGGAGGAGGAAGUGGGGAAAUUUUUGAACACUGCUGGAGGAGUGGCCAUUCCCAAGAAGCCAAGGAAGAAGUCAAAGACUUCAACCAAACAAGUGGAUGAAGGAGGAGUUGGGAAAGAGAUAGUGCCCAGCAUUGUAGCCGGAGUGGAAGAGGAGGAGCCAGAGCUGCAGUUGAAGAGAAAAAGUAGGGAGAAGAGAGGGCACUACAGAAGAAGAAGAAGGGAGUCUAAGGAGGGGGCCGAGGUACGGGCUCCUGGCAAGGGAAAGGGUCCUGUUCCCCCGUUUUCCUUUCAGAGCAGCUUGUUCGAGGUGAAGAACAUGACGGGGGCGAGGAGGUUUAUCAACACCACCUUCCUCGAAGUGGACAAGCGUCAAGCACGGGACGAGGCUCUGAGGUAUUGUGGGGCUUCAGUGGUGAAGCAUGUUUUGGAGAGCGCGAGCUGGGUGAAUGGUCUAGCCCAGGAGUUCAUGGAUAGUGUGAAGAAGCGCUCCCUCUUACAGAGGCAGUGUGACCAGCUACAAAAAGAGAAGGAGGAGCUGGAGAAGAAGAAUAAGGAACUACAAGAGGCGCUAAACGAGGUGGUUCCAACUGUGAAACAGUUGGAGCAAGAGAGGGCUUCCUUGAGCACCAAGCUCGUCUUUGAGGAGAGCAAACGAAAGAUCUUUGAAAGCGAGUGUGAGGCUCAGGCGAAGGAAAUAACGUUGAUGAAGGAAGCUUUCGUGGAGCUGAAGGAGAAUGUGCAGAUGUUGGUGCACAAUGGGAUGAAGGAGCACAUCAACAACUUCAUCAGCUCUAGUUCGUUUGACAACAUCGUCAACUUGUACCGGCUACCAACUACCAUUAUUGCUUUCACGAACUGCAGAAAGAAGGUGAAGGCUGAAUAUCCCGAAGUGGAUAUUACAAAGAUCACCUUCGGCGAGCAAGAAGAAGGAGUGGAGGAGAAUGACGGACGUGUUGUUUUCCCUCCAAAGUUCGACUUUGAGUUCGUUGCAGUGGAGGAAGAAGGGGCAGAGGUAGACGAAGACGAAGUGGAGGCAGGAGUGGAAGGAACUGAAGUGGAUGAGAGCCAACCAGUUCCAGAAGUGGAGAUUCAUCUAGUUCCUUCUGACGAUGAGCAGCCUCCUCUGCCAGACGAGCAGCAGCCAACACAGCCACCUCUUCCAGCGGAGGAAUAAUUUCUAUUUUUUGUUUUUCCUUUGAUGUUUUUAUUGUAACAAUAGUAAAACAAUCUGUUGUAAUACUGUUUACUUUGAAUGAAAAUUCAGUUUUAACGUUACAUGUUGUGUUUGCUUUAUGUUUUUGUUAUUUUAUAUUAAUAAAAGAACUGAAAUUAC